AGUGCCCAUCUCCUGAUCAGCCAGCACUGUACAUCAGCACUCCGUGCUGUGCAGACCCCCCGAAGACCUGGAUAGCACGCACCCUGUGAUGUAGAGGGAGAGCCGCACUGGGCUCAAGGAAUCAAGCACUUCCGGACUUACUGCUCACUUCAAGGAAAACUUUUGCCCCUUCUUUCACACAAGGAUUCCUUAAUCUAGCCUACAGCCAUGCCUCUGUCAGGGACCCCCGCCCCGAACAAGAGGAAAAAGUCCUCCAGGAUCAUUACUGAGAUCACCCAGGAAGUCCUGGAGCAGACAGAGCCAGAGGCAUCCAAGCUCAACCUGGGGAAGAAGAUCAGCACCCCCAAAGACAUCAUGCUGGAGGAGCUGUCCCUGCUCAGCAACAAGGGCUCCAAGAUGUUCAAGAUGAGACAGCAGCGGGUGGAGAAGUUCAUCUACGAAAACAACCCAGACAUCUUCACCGCCGACUCUAUGGACAACUUCCAGAACCUGGUGCCCUCACUGGGGGGCGAAAUACAGUCGGGCCGCAGCAUGAUGGACGUGGGCGGUUAUCUGGUCAGCGGGAAGAUAGUGGGCCAGACCGUUGGAGGCAAGCUGCAGCAUCCUCCCGUUCCCCCUCCCAAACCAGGAGAGCACGGGAAGGGGGCUGGAGCGGGUGGAGCCGGAGGGGCAGGAGGGGCAGGUGGAAGUGGCACUGGGACGGCGGGCACUGUGCAGAUCUCAGAGGAGCACGGUGUGUCCGGACUGGGCGGGGCCGGGCAGGGACAGUCGAAAGGCAAGAGGUCAGUGACGGUAGUGAAGACAUACAUAUCGCCAUGGGAACGGGCUAUGAAAGGCAAUGAGGAGCUGACAGCGACGAUGAAGCUCAGCAUGCCAGGCCCCGUCACCCAUCAAGAUUUGCCAGAGUACAAGUGCUUUAACAGGACUGCCAUGCCCUUUGGGGGGUACGAGAAGGCCUCCAAGCUGAUGACGUUCCAGCUGCCUGAGAUUGACACGACCCCUGAGGAGCCCGAGCCAGCGGUGUACCAACACGACAUUACCGCACGCCCCUCCUUCAACCGUACGCCCAUUGGCUGGGUGUGCAGCGGUGAGCCCAGCCACGUCACUCUGGAGCUGGACACCAUGCCCUUCGAUGGGGAGACCGAUGACCUCUGAACCCGCUCCCCUCGGCUUCCGGACACACCCAAUGCCACGACCACCCACGCCACCACUCCCACAGACGCACACACACGCUCAUGCAAACACACACUCACCCAAACACACACUGAUGCUCAGGUGUUUGUCUAUCUGUCUUUUUGGGGACUUUCAAUGAAUCCCAUUCAAAGUUUAAUUACUAUUUUCUUCUCUGCCAAACAAUAAUGCAAUAUGGGGUGGCUUACAUAGUUUCAGGACUUUGAGAUUUAAAAGAAGUCACUAGGCUUAUAAAACAACUCAUUCAUGUUGGAAGGAUAUCCCCACAUUGUAUGUUUGUCAGGAGUAGCUAUUCUGGCGUACGUUUUUUCAAAUUUGUCCAAAUGUUGAAAAGAUAAGAUGUUCACACACACCUAAAUAGUGAUAGUUCACUCUUUAUUUCAGUCAGGAACCAGUGCACAGAGCUCCAAUCCAUGAAAAUGAGCACCUCUUCCUGAAAGCAGAGGCAUGGUCUCAUUGUACUUCCACACUUGUGAAUUCAAAUGACAGUCUUCUGCUUGAGUGUCUAUGUCAGGCCCUGCAUGAUGCACAAGACCAAGCGACCAGAUACUGCUGUGUUUGUGUCUGCUCUGCUUUGUGCUUGGUGUUGUGUCACAGCUGUAUUAUCUCUAUGUUAAUGGAAGCCGUUGUCAAAUGGCACAGCUUGAUGUAUGGCACAAAUGUUCAUUGGUGUCAUUUUAUUCGAAAGACUGUUCAAGGCACCCACCCAGCUCUCUAAUACUCCCCAAACACACACACACAUCUAGAAAUCAUGAUGAGCUUUGUCUAGGACUUUUUCCCUUGAGCUAUCAUAUUGUAGAAGAGAGUAGAGCAAUGAAAAUGAUUGAGAUGACAAUGCCGAUAAGCCUAGAUAUGAGAACGAGUGCGGUGUGCUUUUCUUCUGUACAGUUGCUGUUGUGUUGGUGCCGCUCUGUAGCAGUGGAGCUCUGCUGUGUUUGAGUGACACUUCGCCUCCUUCUUACCUCAGGGGUUCAGAGCACCGGACACAUCUGGUUUUCUUUCUUUUAAUUCCCCAUUAAAUGCUACAAACCUUUU